AUGACGGGUGGAAAUAGGUGCCGCACCAACGACGGCUGCAGGUGCCGCACCAAUGACAGUCCCGGGUGCCGCAGCAACGAUAGCUACAGGUACUGUAGUUAUCGCAGAAUGGUGCCGGAGCAACAACAGCUGCAGGUGCAACAGCAACGACAGUCCCUGGAGACGCAGCAACAACAGCUGCAGGUGCCGCGGCAACGACAGCCGCAGGUGCCGCUGCAACGACAGCCCCAGGUGCUGCAGCAACAACAGCUGCAGGUGCUACAGCAACGACAGCCCCAAGUGCCACGGCAACAACAGUCGCAGGUGCCGCAGGAACGACAACUCCAGGUGCCGCAGCAACAACAGCUGCAGGUGCUGCAGCAACGACAGCCCCAGGUGCUGCACCAACAACAGCUGCAGGUACCACAGCAAAGACAGCUGCAGGAGCUACUGCAACGACAGCUCCAGGUGCUGCUGCAACGACAACCCGAGGUGCUGCAGCAACCACAACUGGAGGUGCCGCAGCAACGACAGCUCCAGGUGCCGCGGCAACGACAGCUGCAGGUGCCGCAGCAACGACAGCUGCAGGUGCCGCAGCAACGACAGCUUCUUCCUCAAUUUAUUCUUCAACUUCGCCAUUAA